AUGAAUCAGGUAAUACAGAUACUUUGCAUUGCAUGUAUUGUGUAUAAACGAGUAUCUGAUGAUGAAGGUCGGCGUCUGAGAACAAGACAAGAAAAGCAAAACUAUGAAUGGCCCUUACUCAGGUACAUAACAUGGGAACAGAAUGGUUCCAGUUAUGCAGAUAUUACAUAUGGAAGCUAUGUAUUAAUCACUGCUGGCUUACUCAUUGGUUAUUUAAGUGGAGAACUUACGAAAGGACGGAAUAUGGAAUCAUUUCUGCUGACCUUUGGAGCCCUGUUGUUCAUUGCUGUAGGAAGUUUGGAGUUGGCAGCUUUGGAUUCUGUACCAGAUGAACUAAUAGACAAUGCAGCAAUACUAGGUGUUGUAUCUUUGAUAACUGGUGCACUCUUCCUGGUUGAUUUAUCCCUUAGUGGAAAAAGAAGAAAGGUUGAAAUCCUGAAACAAAAACUAAAACAUUCAGGACCAAGUAAAUUAACUCAAACUGAUGAAAAGGCAGGUUAUGAAGGAGCACUUGAACUUUUUUCUCAUAAAAUGAAUGGUCUACUGGCAAAUGGAAAUGGUAAAAGUCCGGAUCAGCUUGAUAAAAAUGAUAAAGUUGUGGGACAAUUGAAAUCCUCUCUUAAAGGAAAGAAAACAGAUGGUGAAACAAUGCGGGUAACUUUUCCGUCUGAUAUUUUAAAUCCUCCAAUGGACCUUGCAACACCAUCAGAAGUACGUGGUAGUGUGAAUGGAAUUGCAUCAAGAGACAUGAAUGUUCAAGACACAGAAUGGGAUAAACAACCUGAUGCGAUAAGAACCUCACAGAAAUUACGUCGAGGGGAUAGAAUUCCCAAACUGCCACAAACUCCACGAAAAGUAACGGAUGAAAGUGAUGCUGAUGAUAGCUUGGCUAUACCUUCUGUAUCAUUUAUAAUGAGAGAGAAAGGUGACUUUGGAAGUCAAAGUAGCUUAAGGUCAAAAUCACCUUCCUUAAGAGCAAAAAUGUUGCCAAUGAUGCCAAUAGAAUCUACUAGCGAAGAACCAGUCCUAAGAAGUCCAAGACAUCUUGAUAAGUCAUUAUCCCAACCUGAACUAGGAAAAAUAUCAAGAUUUCAAAAGUCUGAUAGUGAUUCAGAAAUGCCACAUGAAAUAGUUGUAAUGUCUCCAACAGAAAAAAGUGAAUUUAUGGCAUAUAAAAAAAUUAUGCAAAACUUAGCAAAUUAUCCUCAAAACGUUACAAUGCUUCCAGACAGUAAAGUUGACUACAAUAGAGAGCUGAAGGCUACAUACUCAACUGAAGAAAUAAUUGAACCAAAACCACAAAUUUCUCCUCCUAUGAAAGAUCUGCCAAGAGCUAAUCUGAAUCGAUCUUCAAAACCAAAAUCUAAAUCUUCUAAAAAUACUAAAUCAGACAGACCCAAAGGUUAUGUAGAACCUGACAAACAAGAUGAAAAUCCACGUGAUAUCUCUGAGGAUAUAAGUCACAUGACUCCAAGUGAAAGAGAGCAUUACUUGUUUGGAGAAAGUCCAAAACAAAAAGACUCCACAUCACCCAGUCCUAUGAUGGAACGGAAGAAUUCAAAAAAAUCUUCUUCAAACAUACAAAUGUCUACUUCACCAGAGGCUGAUGUACAUUGGCGAUUUGAUAGUAGAGAUGCCAACCUAGUCCAGAGUGUUCGAAAAAACCCUCGAGAUUCAAGAGAAUCUCCAUCAUCACCCAUGGACCCUGGAUAUGUUCUCCAUACAGCCCAUAACUGGCCACACAGCACACCACACAGCACACCAAAAACUCCAUCUCAGUCUCCUUCAGAUGUUGCAUCGGGCACAUCACCAAAGGUUCCUUAUCGUAUUUCUUCUGAUGAAAGUGAUACAAACACAUCACAUAGAAAUGGAGUCAUGCAGGGAGUGAGUGGAGAUCCGUCUCCAUAUGCACAAGCAAUGAGAAUGACAAUUGCUCCACCACCGCCACCACCUUCUCACACCCACCCAAUGGAAAUUCGAAGAAGGCAAGAAUCUCCAGGGAGCCCUUCAAGAAGAGAAUACUUCAUGGAAGAGGAAGAUGAUGGUAGCCCAUCAGGGGGUUCUCUAACAACACAAUUAUUACAGAAGUGGAUAAAACAGCGCAAUACCAAAGUGACCAAAAUGAGAUCGGAACCUUGA